UUCGGCGCCGCUCACCAGGUGGCAGCAGCUGUCGACCAGUCUUAAAAAUGGCGUCAAGUCAGGAUGCUUGGUAUCUGUCGCUGCUCGGUUUGGCCGAACAUUUUCGAAGUUUGAAGCCACCUGACAUAAAAUCGUGUGUGCAGUGCCUGCAGGCAGUGUUUAACUUCAAUCCGCCCCCACGAGUGGAGGCUAGAACGCAUUUGCAGCUGGGGAACAUCCUGUUGAACCACACAAGAAAUUCGGAUCUUGCCCGCAAACACCUGGAAAAGGCGUGGGAUCUGUCGCAGGGCAUCUCUUCAUUCGACGAUGUCAAGUUCGAGUCGGCCAGUGUGCUGGCGCAGCUGUUCGAGCAGCAGCAGCAGCAGAAGUGGGCCAAGGAGAAGCUGCGACGCGCCAUCGAGAUAUCGCAGGGCAACUGCUACUGGCACUGCCGACUACUGUUCCAGCUGGCGCAAUUGCAUGCCAAAGAGAAGGACUUUGUGUCGGCUUGCGGCCUGCUCGGCGUCGGCGUCGAGUUCACCCGCAUCUCAGGUGCCGGCUACACGCAGAUUCUGUUCCUCCUCAGCAAGGCGAUGCUGCUGCUGGCUGAACGGAAGCUGAGUGAAGCGACACCUCUGCUGCAGCAGGGCGGCCCUCUUGUGGACGCCUGGCAGGGCAGCAGCCAACAGAAGGAGUACCUCAAGGUGUUCUUCCUGGUUUUGCAGACCUGUUACUACCUGCUGGCUGGCCAGGUCAAGUGCAGCAAGUCGUGGCUGAAGCAGCUGCAGCAGAGUGUGGAGGACAUCGCCAAGUGGGCCGAUGAAGACCGGGUGCCGGCGUCAGCGAGCACGGCCGACAUGUUCAUGUGGCUGCCCAAGGAGGAGCUGCGCGUGGUCGUCUACUUGGUGACAGUGAUGCACUCGAUGCAGGCCGGCUACAUGGACAAGGCGCAAAAGUACUCGGACAAGGCGCUGAAUGAGAUCGGCGCCCUCACCGCCUCUGCAGACCGUCCGAUCCUGCAUACGUUCCAGCUAAUGAUUCUGGAGCACAUCGUCCAGUGUCGACUGGUAAUAGGCGACAACGCCGGCGCCAUUCAGGAGAUCGCCAGCCUGUGCCAGAUCUGCCAGCAGCGGCCCAAACUGCUCAGCGGACACAGGGCCCAGAUCCACACAGUGCUCGGUCUGUACGCCAUGAGUAUGAACUGUAUGGAGCCGGCCGAGGCCCAGCUCAACGCUGCACUACGGACGUCACAAGAGCGCGAGCUGUGGACGUUCGUCAACAUGAACCUGGCGAUCGUGUACCUGCGCACCGGUCGACAGUCGGACUUUCUGGGCCUGCUGGACCGCAUCAGCCCCGAGUCGCUGCCCAGUCAGUCACACAGUCUGCGCGCCGCCAGCUACUACGUACAGGGACUACACGGCUUCUUCCAGCGCGCCUUCAAUGACGCCAAGCGCUACCUGCGGGAGACACUGAAGAUGGCCAACGCCGAGGAGCUGAACCGGUUGACCUCCUGCUCGCUGGUGCUGCUCGGCAACAUCUUCCUCUCGCUGGGCAACAACCGGGACAGCUUCAACAUGGUCACGCCGGCCAUGCAGCUGGCCAGCAAGAUCCCGGACGUCAACAUCCAGCUGUGGGCGUCAGCUGUGCUCAAAGAUCUGUACCGGUCCUGCGGGGAGCACGCCAAGGAGGCGGCCGAACUGCAGAAACAGACCAGCUUCUCGCAGACGCUCGUCAAGGACCAGUUCGCCGCCUCGCACUCCCCGCACCACGCGCUGCUCCGCUGGACGGACGGCCCGCUACCGGGCACCGCGCUGCCCACGGCCACCGCCGCCGCCGCGCCGCCGCCGCCCCCGCCCGCCGCCACCGCCGCCACCGCCGCCACAGCCGUCCGGGCGGCCGUAGCGCCGGCGUCAACCCCUGCGCCGGUCUCGGCGCCGACGGCCACCGCCGCGCCGCCGGUGACCACGCCGGCUGUCGCCGCGGCGCCCGUAGCCGCGCCUGCGCCCGCGCCGACCAGAGAACCGGCGCCGCCUCCGCAGGUACCUGCCCCGGCGCGGCCGCCCGUGCCGACCCAGGUGCCGGCACAUACGACAGCACACAUGUCCAACCAAUCCCCGGCCCACAUGCCCAACCAGUCCCCAGCACACAUGUCCAAUCAGUCGCCAGCACACAUGUCCAAUCAGUCUCCAGCGCACAUGUCCAAUCAGUCUCCAGCUCAUAUGCCCAGUCAAUCGCCGGCCCAUAUAGCGAGCCAGACGCCGGCGCACGUGCGGUCAUCGGUGGCGGCGCAGGCGUUGACGCACGCGCCGGCGCGGUCUCAGCAGGCGCCGGCGGCGCACGGUCCCGUGAUGGGCAUGUCGGCGGUGUCUGCGGGCGGUCCGCUCUCCGGAUACCAGCCGACCGGCUACGGCGGCGGCGUGGCCGGCUACGGCGCCGUGGACCCGCACGUGGCGCACCGUGCGCACCACGCGGCCGGCGGCGGCCUGGUGAUGCCGGCGCACAGCAGCCCCGGCGGCGCGCUGGGCUUCCAGGCGGCGGCGGCGCACCACCACCCACUGGCCGGCCUGCAGGGCAUGUACGGACACGCGGCGCACCCGGCCGCCGGUCAGGCCAUGAUGCCCACGCACCACUACCACAGUCACGGACAUCACUACCCGGCGGCGCCAGACGGCGGCGGAGGCAUGCGCUGAGCCGGCGCCGCGCCGCGCCGCGCACACUUGUGAUAGAAGUACAACUCACGCCGCGGUGGCUGCGCCCGCCUCCGCCCCGCUCCCCGUGCGGGCGACCCCGAGCGCUCAGCGCGCCGGGCGCCCCUGACACUGGGCGCGCGUCAGAACUGUGUAUUUAUUCGCCGUGUAUGCUUUUUAUUGGAGUGCGAUAUUGCUGGUAGGGUGAUGCUUGUAAUUGUUUUAUGUACAGAUUUUUAGCUCAUAAUAAAAUCCUCAACGCGACUAA